AUGGAGUCAACAGCACCACCUAUUAAUGAACUACCAUCACCACCACCAAGCUACGAGGUGGCUACAAAUUCUCGGCCACACACUCCUCAACAACCACAAUUCCCCUACAACCCACAACUAUCAAAUGGAGCCCAAUGUGAAGAACAGAUCGUCCUUCCCAUUCUCCCCACACAUGACAAAAGUUGUCCGAUCACCAAAAUUCCUCCACAUCUCUAUUAUCAUAAUGAUGAUACGGUGCUCCCUGUCAUGUGUCCACCACCGGGCAUUCAACCAUCCACCCAAUCACCUCUUCCUCCAUUGCAGACGAAACCAGAGAGAAGAUCGAAAUGGCCAUGGUACGCGUGUGUGACAAUCGUUUUGCUCAUCAUCAUAAUUCUGUUCAUCAGUCAUAAUCAUCAUAAUCAAAAACGA